UUUCAUUUACGUUUCCACUGACGCUGGUCUCCUCGGCGAGCGAAGCCUAAUAAAUAAAAGGACAAAGAGUCCUCUUUGUGCCUCUGCGCCUCCAGAGAAUUUUCACGAGCUAAUGGCGCUGCCCUAUUUGGAAGCGGUUUUAGGUUUUAUGAUCUUAAUGUACAUUUUUGAAACCUAUCUGGACAUCCGACAACAUGCAGCUCUCAAGCUGCCCAGCCUUCCUAAAUCAUUAGAAGGAGUGGUCAGCCAAGAAAAAUUUGAAAGAUCUAGAUCUUAUAGCCUUGAUAAAAGUCACUUCCACUUUGUUCAUGAAGCUGUAACAAUUCUGAUGGACACUACAAUUUUGUUUUUUGGCAUAUUACCUUGGUUCUGGAAGAAAUCUGGAGAGUUGGCAGUGUACAUGGGCUUGAAUGCAGACAAUGAAAUAAUUCACACCCUUUCGUUCUUAGCAGGAGUCAUGAUUUGGUCGCAGAUCACUGACUUGCCUUUUUCACUCUAUUCAACAUUUGUAAUUGAGGCCCGCCAUGGUUUUAACAAACAAACUGUAUGGCUAUUCUUCAGGGACAUGAUUAAGGGUAUCUUCCUUUCAAUCAUAAUUGGACCACCAAUUGUGGCUGCAAUCAUUGUCAUAGUGCAAAAAGGAGGUCCUUACCUGGCGAUCUACCUCUGGGGUUUUAUGUUCGUGCUAUCCAUAGUGAUGAUGACACUAUAUCCCAUUCUAAUAGCUCCUCUUUUUAAUAAGUUCACUCCUCUUCCUGAAGGCAAUCUUAGAGAGAAGAUAGAGAAACUAGCAGGCACUCUAAAGUUUCCCUUGAAGAAACUCUUUGUCGUGGAUGGUUCUACAAGGUCAAGUCAUAGUAAUGCAUAUAUGUAUGGUUUUUUCAACAACAAGCGCAUCGUUCUUUAUGAUACUUUAAUUCAGCAGUGCAAAAAUGAGGAUGAAGUCGUUGCAGUAAUCGCCCAUGAGCUUGGACAUUGGAAAUUGAACCAUACAAUGUAUUCGUUCAUUGCUGUCCAGAUUCUCACACUUCUGCAAUUUGGAGGCUACACCCUUGUAAGAAAUUCAAAGGAUCUCUUUCAGAGUUAUGGCUUUGAUACGCAACCUGUGCUUAUUGGCCUCAUCAUCUUUCAGCAUACUGUAAUACCUCUCCAGCACCUUGUGAGCUUUGGCCUUAAUCUUGUAAGCCGGGCAUUUGAGUUUCAGGCUGAUGCUUUUGCAAAGAAACUUGGUUAUACCAAAGAACUUCGUGCAGGCCUUGUGAAGCUUCAGGAAGAGAACUUGUCUUCUAUGAAUACGGAUCCAUUGUAUUCGGCAUACCAUUACUCACACCCUCCAUUGGUGGAAAGACUGGCUGCUUUAGAUGAUACCGAAAGUAAGAAAGAAGAGUAAUGUAACACCAUUACCCACUGGAGUGCAAUGCAUAUCUGUGCCAUUCAGCUUGAAGUGCUCCAAAGAAAAGAGCUGCAAAUUAAAGGGAGUACUUGCAUGAUAUUUGAGGAUAUCAGAAAGAGAAAAAAAAUGCAGUUGCAUAAUGUUUCAGACGGUCUUUUGAAAUCAUUUCAUAGAACAAUGCAAAUACCAAAUUAGGAUUCUGUAUACUGGAAGCACAGAAAUUUAUUACAUGUUUGGUUUAAUAUCGACGCUGAAGAUUUUGUUAAUCAUGUAUUAAUGCAAAAAAAUCGAGAAGCCUAUGAAGGUAAAAUUGGAAUGAACUUUUAUCUGUUUUGAGGAAAUAGAGGUGUUUCUGGGCUAA